AUGGAAGCAACGAAAGGAGAAAUGCAGAAAACAUUCGAGAAACAUGGCAAACUCACAGACGUGUAUAUGGGGCAGAAGGUGGGGAAGAACGGAAAAUACUACGCCUUCAUACGAUACAGGGGAGUUACUAAUGCAAAGGAACUGGAAAGGAAACUAGAUGGCGCAAAGAUUAGAGGGAGGAUCCUUGCAGUAAACAUAGCCUUACGUGAGAGGAAAGAACCACCCAAAUUUCAAGCUUACAAAGCCAUAGUUGGUGAAGCAAUGUCGCUAGACCAUCUAGGACACCUCCCCAAACUGCUAAACUCAAACGACGAGUCCAAUAUGGAGAUAAAAUACAUUGGAGGACUGAGGGUCCUAAUGCUAUUCGAUCACUCUGUAGCAGCAAAGGAGUUCAUGGAAAACAAAUGCAGAAUUAUAGGACUUCCACUACACCUUUGGGGACAAAGUAAUUUUGAAAUAAUCACGAGUGCAUAUGGGAAAACCAUUGCACCCUUCAAAGACAUCCCACAUAGAGUCGACCUAUCACAUGUAAAGAUAGGUAUUCUUACGAAAAGGAAGAUACGUAUAAAUGAAGAGGUUACUGCUACGUUCGAAGGGAAGGAAUAUCGGCUGGGGAUAAUCGAAUUUGAUGUAGAUUGGUUCCCGUUCAGAUUCGAUCCAUCAGAAGAUUACCUUGAAAAAAACAGCCACGAAAAAAACGACGAUCCGGAAGAAGAGGAAGUUAAGACGGCAGUGGGAGAAAACAAAAGAGAAGAAGGAGAGAUUUGGCCGGAAUUGCAAAACUCAUCGGAGGAAAAUAGGAUUCAGGUGGAUGACCAGGGACACACGGAGAUGGUAGACGAACAGAUGCAUGGGGAACAAACAGGAUUAUUGGGAAUAUCAAAGGGGGCACCGGAACCGAUCCUUCAAAUUCUUGAGGCACUAAUAACAAACGGUAACAAUCAAGGACACGUGACAAAAGUUGGCAUUAGUUUGCCACUCGCUGAUGGAGCACAUAAUGGGCUUCCCCCAAUUAACUGUUAUGGGCCUUUCCCAUAUCAAUUAAAAACAUAUAAAGUAGCCCAAACAUUCAGAACCGGAGGAUCCAAUGGAAAAAGAAGAAGAGUAAUGAAGUUAAACAUGGGUUACAACACACCCGUUAUUCCUCUCAUGGAGAAUCCAAUGGAGUCCGACCCCGAACCCAUCCCUCAAACUGUGCCAAUACCGGAUUCCCCACCGGUAUCAAACCAGAACGGGGACAUUGACCUUAAUACCCCUCCCCCACAGCAAAACGAAAACAGGGAAGAAAAUAUAGGAAACCCCAGGACAUCCGAAAUGGAAGAAACAGCUGCACUUGGUAGGGAGCUUGGAUUUGACAUAGGGCUAAACAACCCUAUCCUCAGCGAAGUCAUGGGAGAAGAAGGAGAGAAUAUUCCACCUCAAUGA